UACGUCGAGGAGUUUUAGUCCAAGGCACCGUUGUCGGACGCUAUUCGUAAAACCCUGAGUAAACCCUGCGCACGUCUUCCUCAGCACAGCAGUUCUUUGCUUUGUGUUUUUCCUCGGAAGUUACCAGCCUGCCUGCCUCAUGACACCCAACUUUUAAAAAACUCUCCCUCAUUUUGGAACCCAGAAAGCCCUCUAUCUUCUCCAUCUUUUAAUAGAUUCCAAUCGAAGAACCCCAAUUCUUUCUUAAGUAUUUGAAAUUUGAACAGUUUUCCGACUCAGUUCGGCUACUGCAACCAAGCUCUUUUCCUUCUGAUGUUGGGACAGUCCUUACAGAAGAUACGGCCUGCACUUUGGGCCUUUCCAACUUACUCUCCUACUGCUACAAAAGAGCAGAUGCACUAUGCUCUUGCCCAAUUAGCUUCCAGUUCAUCUGAUGAGCAAGAAACUGUCAGUAUCCCAAAUACGAAUCAUAACGGUGACCACUUCUUUGAAUUAGAUAGAGUUGAAGUUGUUCAAACUUUGAAUAAUUUAAUAAAACAGCCCAAUAAGGCGUUGUCAUUUUUUAACCAAUUGAAUGAAGAUGGGUUCUCUCAUGAUGUUUGUACAUACACUGCUAUUGUGAGAAUAUUGUGUUAUUGGGGUUGGGACAGGAAACUGGAUUCGGUGUUGUUGGAAAUCAUUAGGAAAGAGAAACGUUUAGGUUUUGAAAUUAUGGAUUUGUGUGAAGCUCUUGAAGAGGGGCUUGAGGGAGAAGACUCAUACUUGUUGGUUCGAUUGUCCGAUGCAUUGGUUAAGGCAUAUGUUAGUGUCGAGAUGUUUGAUGAAGUUAUUAAUAUCUUGUUUCAAACUAGAAGACGUGGGUUUGUUCCACAUAUAUUUUCAUGUAAUUUUCUUAUGAAUCGUUUGAUUCACUGUGGGAAAAUUGAUAUGGCUGUAGCUACUUAUCAACAGUUAAAGAGAAUUGGACUGAAGCCAAAUGAUUAUACUUAUAGCAUUCUAAUUAAGGCACUUUGCAAAAAGGGUAGUUUGGAGGAAGCUUUUAAUGUUUUCCGAGAGAUGGAUGAAGCAGAAGUUAGACCAAAUGCCUUUGCUUACACAACUUAUAUUGAAGGGCUUUGUAUGCAUGGUAGGACAGAUUUAGGUUAUGAAGUGCUUAAAGUGUGCAGGAAGGCGAAGGUUCCUCUUGAUCCCUUUGCUUAUAGUGUUGUGAUUCGGGGCUUCUGUAAGGAGAUGAAAUUGAAAGUAGCUGAAGAUGUCUUAUUUGAUGCGGAAAACCAUGGGGUUGUUCCUGAUGUGACUUCUUAUGGUGCUCUGAUAAGAGGAUACUGCAAAUGUGGGAAUAUAUUGAAAGCUUUGGAUGUUCACCAUGAAAUGGUAUCAAAGGGUAUCAAAACAAACUGUGUGAUUUUGACCUCAAUACUUCAAAGCCUGUGUCAGAUGGGCCUGGAUUUUAAAGCUGUAAAUCAAUUUAAGGAGUUUAGGGACAUUGGGAUUUUUCUUGAUGAGGUUUGUCAUAAUGUAAUAGCAGAUGCUCUCUGCAAGGGAGGAAAAAUGGAAGAAGCUAAAAAAUUGCUUGAUGAGAUGAAGGGUAAAGAGAUUUCUCCCGAUGUUAUUAACUAUACCACUUUGAUCAAUGGAUAUUGUCGUCAAGGUAAAGUUGAAGAUGCAUGGAACUUGUACAAGGAGAUGAAGAACAACGGCCACAAGCCUGAUAUUGUUUUUUAUAGUGUACUUGCUGGCGGCUUAGCUAGAAAUGGCCAAGCACAAAGGGCAGUUGAUCUUUUAAAUUCUAUGGAGGCACAAGGUUUGAAAUGUGAUACUGUCAUACACAACAUGAUCAUUAAAGGCUUAUGCAUGGGAGAUAAGGUGAAGGAAGCUGAAAAUUUUUUAGAUAGUUUGCCGGGAAAGUGUUUGGAAAAUUAUGCUGCCUUAGUUGAUGGUUAUUGUGAAGCAUGCCUAACAAAAGAAGCCUUUCAAUUAUUUGUUAGGCUGUCUGAGCAGGGAUUUCUAGUGACAAAGGCUUCUUGCUCAAAACUCCUUAGUAGUCUUUGCAUGAAAGGUGAUAAUGACAAAGCUCUUAUGUUACUCAAGAUAAUGUUCUCUUUGAAUGCUGAACCUACCAAAUUAAUGUACUGUAAACUCAUUGGCGCAUUUUGUCAGGCCGGAAAUUUGAGUAUUGCCCAGCUGUUGUUUAAUAUUAUGAUUAAGAAGGGGCUAACACCUGAUCUAGUUACUUACACAAUAAUGAUAAAUGGAUAUUGUAAGGUGAAACUUUUGCAGAAGGCCUUGGAUCUUUUCAAUAAUAUGAAGGAGAGAGGGAUUAAACCUGAUGUUAUCACUUAUACAGUCUUGCUUAACAGCCAUAUGAAAAUGAAUUUGAGGUCUCUUUCUAAUCCUGAUAUGACACAAAAAAAUGACAAGGCAAUAAUUGUUGCUUCACCUUUUUGGAGUGAAAUGAAGCACGUGGGAGUAGAACCUGAUGUUGUUUGCUAUACUGUUUUGAUUGAUCAUUUCUGUAAGACAAACAAUCUUCAGGAUGCAAGUAGGAUCUUUGAUGAAAUGAUAGAUAGAGGAUUGGAACCUGAUACUGUGACAUAUACAGCUCUUAUUUCAGGCUAUUUGAAAGGAGGAUAUAUAGACAAGGCUGUAACCCUUGUUAAUGAACUGCUAAGUAAGGGCAUACAGCCAGAUACCCAUACAUUGUUGCACCACUGCAUCUUGAUAGCCAAGAGAGUUGUGAGAAGUAAGGACCUCUGUGACUCAAGAUAGAAAUGCUCAUACAUGACCUUUUAUCUUAUCUUUAUAUUUGAAAGUGGCCUGUGAGUAUGUGGCAGGCCUGAAGAAGGAAAGCUUUCUCACAACAAGAGUAGAAGUUAUUUGCUUUUUCAGGACUCAGUGUUUAAGCUGGCAUAAAGGGACAAAUCAUUCUUUCCUCUUAUCUUGUUUAAUUUUUGUGUAAAGAUUUGAGUGUUCAAGCCUGAGGAUGUGAAACUGCCCAAGCCUUUGUAUUAACAAGGAGAUCUGAUACUGGAGGACGAGAGAUGAAUUCUUUACAACUUCAGGUUUGGAAAAUUAAUUUGCUCCAUGAAAGCAUUAUGCAGCUUGGAGAGAAGAUGCAAGGUGCCAGCCCAGUGUGGGCUCCACAUGGUGCUAAAGAAAUCUUGGUAGUAUGGAGUGGGCCUUGAUUGUGAUUGUGGAUGGGUGGCCUUGAUGAAGUCAUUAAGGAUUUGAGUGGAUGGGAUUUUGUUACCUUAUCCACAUUUGAUGCAAGUGAUUUUAAGACCAUAUAAGGGUCCAAGUAAAUUGCUACUAGUCACUUGAGCUUAAACUUUUUGAGGGCCAUGUUGUUUUGGCCCAAGAAGUUGCUGGCCUGUGGUGCUUUGGCUCAAGUCGGGACAGCUUUACUGUUGUGGUGCAUGGACAGAAAAAAGCUUGAACGAGCAGGUCCUGUAAACAUAAUGGAGUGCAUUCUGGAUGUUAUUACUUUCCUCUGCCAUCAAAUGGCAUGUUGCGUUUACAUUUAUGUGCAUCUUGCAUCAUCUCUAUGGACCAUAAUCUGAGACAUAAAAGCUGUAAUCCCCACUGGCGCUGCCCCACCCCCCGCUUGGGGAUAGCUUUGACUUCUUACUGGGAUUAUUUUUCUCCGGAUAGCUCUGUGGUUCAGCUUCUUUCUGGAACCUCUUAGAUGAUAAAGCAGCUCCACAUUGAUGGUCAGAAGAUUUUCUAAAGAGUAGCACGCUCAAUGUUGAGUAAAGUUGGAACUGGUCUAAUCCGUAGAGACAGUCCUUCAGUUCUGGCAACCUGCAGCACCCUUUAGUGGUUAUUGUUUCUGCUUUGCUAAGCUUAUUACUCCUUUCUUUUCUCAACUUUGGGUGCACAAGUGCUAAUCGUUUACAUCAGAUCUUGUAGUCCAUUGCCAGAUCAGAUAUCCAUAGUAUGCAUGUCAGUUGCCCCUCUAACAAGUCAUCAACCAGCCAAAGCAACAGAAGAGAGGAGAUUUGUUUUUCCCAAAACCAGUAUGAAACUCGUAAAACAGGGAGGAAGCUAGUGACCCUCAUCUUGUUAAAGCUUAAGAACCACAUGAGUGAGGUGGAGAAGUCAGAAGCUCCAUUUCACUCACCCAUCUCAAAAACCCCAGUCAACAAACACUUAAAUAGGCAAAUUCUUGUGCAACACUGAACUCAAAAACCCCAGUCAACAAACACUUCCUAGUUUUGAAUUCAGUGUUGCACUAGAAUUUGCCUAUUAAGCAGAGACUGGAACUGGUGCUCAAGAGAUCAAAUACAGUAGAUUCUGUACUGGGGACUGCUGGUGGCCAAGCUGCUGCCAGCUUCCUGGAAAAUCUUCUUGACUACCAAUAACUGAAGAAUCUUAUGACAAUUGAUAAGAGGUGCAGAGGCAAAUACUCCAAUCACCCUAAAAGCAACUUGAUGGAACUGCAACUCUGGCCAUGAAGAGAAGCAGCUCGUCAAAUGCUAGUCCCUACCUACAAAAUCAACAAUGGAACAAUUUGAAAAGAAAACAGAAACAGUGAAAGAACGUAGAAUGAAGCUAGUCGCAUUUGGUGCUUUGGCACGCUUUCCUGAUUCUGAUUCUUCAUCCUUCAAUUGGUUACUUUGCUACAUUUUUAAAUUGAGGUGCCUGCCUGCCACCAAUUCUUAUUUGGCAAGACUCUAAAAAGAACUAGUUAUUUUGGAGAUGAAAAUCUUGUUCAGAAAGCUGUAAGACAGCCUGAAUCAAAUUUCAGCUUCCCAGGCUGACUUUUCAGAUGUCAUUUUAUGUGAAACAGUCGGACUAUUUAGCAUUUA